AUGCCACCUUCCAUUAGUGAUCAAGAACUACUAGACGCCCCUAGGGCUAUAGCCAAUCCGCUCCACCCUGACUUUGUGGGCCGUCUAGAUCAAGACUUCAUCGACUACUACAACCUUAGGCUCAGCAAAGCUAAGCCGGAUAACUCUGCACCUAUCGAAAAGAUACGAGCAAAUCGGACACGGCUCCGAUCCCCAGCUUGUCGCGACUAUUCGCGGGCGGCAUGCGUAGAAGACAUUAGCCUCGAAUCGGAUGAUGGGCAUAUUUUCACCGCAAGGCUCUAUAAGCCGGAUCCUCGCUCGUCGCCUUACGGAGCAGGCCCAUACCCCGUACAUGUGAACUUCCAUGGCAAGUGUGGCGGUUUCACGUUUGGUGACUUAAGUAGCGACGCCUCAAUAUGUAUGAAGCUGCGAUCACAGCUUGGAAUACUAGUUGUUGACAUCGACUACCGGCUAAGGCCUGAGCACAAGGCGGGCAAGGGUCACAAGGAUUGCUGGGCUGCCGUACAAUGGGUCCAUAAAUAUGGUGCCAAUAUCAACGCUCGACCGGAUUCGAUAUCUAUCGGUGGCAUCUCAGCAGGGGGCCAUAUCGCGGCUGUUGUGCAACAACUGGCUCGUGACGCCAAGAUCUCUUUGAAACUUGCCAUCCUCGGCGUACCUACCGUCGUAUCACAUGCGCACUACACGACACCUACCGAUUCCGAGUUUCCAUCUUUCGUCGAGAACGAGAAUGCCCCUUGCUUGAAUUGGAACCGCAUUAUGUUCUACCGUGAGAGGGGUAUGCAUGAGGACGCCGACGAUGAGUCGGGAAGCGCGACCCUGCCGGAAAUUUACACUAACCCUCUUCACGGGGAGCUGGAGGGUGUCUGUGACACUUUCAUUGCGACUGCAAGCGCUGAUCCCUUGAGGGACGAAGGCGAGGUGUACGGCCAGAGGCUCAUCGCGGCGGGCGUGAGAACGACUGCGAGAAGAUACUACGGAGUCCCACACAACUUCAUGCACAUGCCGAUCAAAAAGGCAGAUAUGUACCUCCGUGAUGUAUGCGAGGCUCUCCGAUCAGCCCAUGGUGUUGGGUUCUCGAAUCGAAGUGUCAACGCUAGGAAGCAUAUGUUCCAAUCCAUCAAACAGCGUCGCUCUGCCGGUGCCGGUGCCAGUGCCUCAACCGGAGGUCUUGCCGUCAGAAGUUGGACAUGGGCGCCUGGAAAAGGUCGCUGGAGGGCUAACGGCCAGACAAACGGUUAG